GAAGAAGAAAAAAAAACUACCUAUUUCGACUUGGUUUUUAGUUAUUGGUCCACGUGAGCAUUAAAAAAUAAUUAAAGCAAGGCAAUUAUUAAAGCCUCAGCUUUAGCCCUCUGUUUUUAACCCUUUGCUUAUCUUUGUCUUUUAUUUUCAUUUCAUUCUAUUUCAUUUAACCGUACAUGGCAUCAUCAUCUCCAACAGAAGAAGCGUAUUUAUCAAUACAACACAGUGAUGCCAGGAGUGCAGCAGAGGCACCCUUGCUAGGCAUCGCCACUGCCACUGCUGCGGCCGCCAAUACAACCGACAUCAUCAAGGACACUGGAACAGCCAACGAAAACCUUCGCAAAGAAAUCGGGCUUUUCUCCGCAUCCUCGAUAAUCAUAGGCCAGGUAGUCGGGUCAGGCAUAUUCUCCACCCCAGCAUCCGUCGCGCUCCUCUGUGGCACACCCUCCAUGGCACUUAUACUCUGGGUUAUCUCCGGCGUAUUCUCUCUGGGCGGCGCCUUGGCCUGCGCCGAGCUCGGCACAAUGUUUCCACAAAAUGGCGGCAUGGUUAGAUACUUGGCACACGCAUUUCCGCGUCCACGCGCCCUUGUCGCUACACUUAUGGCAUAUUCCGUGACGUUUUUCUGCCGCCCGGCGGCAAUUGCUGCGAACGUGUCGGUUUUCCCAAUGUAUUUUUUUUUUGCUGCUGGGAGGCAGCAGGAGUAUAUCGCACAGAACGAUUAUUUAUUGCGUGCGAUUGGCGCUCUGGUUAUGACCGCGAUGGUUGUGCUGAAUGUUGUUUCUGUGCGGUGGUCUUUGAGGCUGCUCAAUGCACUGGCAGUUGUCAAGAUUGUCACUUUGGCGGUUGUCAGCCUGACUGGGUUUCUUUUGAUGGUCGGUGCGGUUAAGCGGACUUCGGGGACGAAUUGGUCGCGUGGGUUUCAGGGCACCAAGUUCGACGCGCAGUCGUUUGCCUCGGCCAUGACGCGCCUGUUCUGGUCCUGGGAGGGCUGGAGCAAUGUCAGCUACGUCGUGGGUGAAGUCAAGGAUGUCAAGCGCACACUGCCCCUGUCUCUGGGCCUGUCCAUGGGCACGUUGGCUGUGAUGUACCUUUUGGCCAAUGUCGCGUACUUUAGCGUCAUCCCAUUGGAAGACAUUGACAACGGCACUUUGCUGGCUGCUCAGUUUAUGGAUAAGGUCUUUGGUCCAACCAUGGGCCAGAUUGUUCUGCCCACGUGCAUCGGCCUGUCCAUCCUGGGCGUCGUCAUGUCGGAGCUUUUUGGCGGGGGCCGGCUUAUGUACACCGUGGGUAAGACCGGGUUCGUCCCCUAUGGCACUGUGCUCGGCGAGAUCCACCCGAGAUUCGGCACGCCGAUUUAUGCUCUCGUAAUAAUGUGGGCGCUGUCUCUACUUUUUCUCUUCGCGCCGCCUCCCGGCAAGGCCUUUGAUAUUCUGGUUGAGCUCGUGCAGGAGGGCAUGUGGUUCUUUUAUGGACUCACUGCCUUUGCUGUCAUUAUUCUGCGCUGGCGAUUGCCCGUGUACCCAUUGCGGCGAUUCCGGUCAUCUCUUGUUUUGAGCUUUCUUUUUGGUGCUCUUUCGAUUAUCCUGGGUGUGUUGCAGUUUUAUCCGCCGGCGGUGGUGCCCGGAAAGAAGAAGCCAGAGGUGCCUUAUUAUUUGGCUCCGCUAUUGGGGCUUGUGUUUAUCUCGUUGUGCUUGGUUCCUUGGUAUCUGCGCAUGUGGAAGUACGUUGAUAAGACUGGAGUCCAGUUGCUUUCAUGGAUUGAGGAGGAGGAGCAAGAGGUGCUGAUGAUGGCUGGAUAAUGGCGAUAUCGAACAAAAGUGGAUGUUGAAUCAAUAUCAUACACGUUUGUAGUGUAUUUUAAAAUAAUGCAGUAAUGUUUAAUUUACAUUUUCUUUGCCUUUUUUUUGCUUUGGCAGUUCAAAUAUCGUAAAAAAAAAUAUACACAUUUCAUUUUUUGUCAAUGAGUAUAAUUAAAUGGAUGAAUGAAAAAAAGCCUUGCUUCUAAAUUUUCC